GGAUUGCAAGGACAGAGAGGGAAUGGAUGCUGCUGCUGCUGGGACUGAGUGAUGAAGCAAAUGAUAGAAUUAUAGAAGCCAUGAAGAGUUUUCUGGAAAAGAUGUGCUGUGCAAGAAAUAGGGAAUUGGAAGAUUUGUAAUGUAUACUGCUUGUGUUGUUUUUUUAUUUUUACAGGGCGUGCCGAUACGAAGGCCUGACUCUCCAACGGGUCACCUGUACAGCAAGAGCAAGAGCAAGAGCAAACAUCAACACGUGAGGCCCAGCACUCCCGCCCGAGGACCACCAGAGUGUUCCCAGGCGUCCUUGUUGUGUAGUGUCCAGCCAGCACACUGAGCACACUCUAGAAGAAGAAUAGGACCAAGACAGCAGCAUAUUCCCAGGCGUCCUUGUUGUGCAGUGUCCAGCCAGCACAGAGAAUAGGACCAAGACAGCAGCAUAUUCCCAGGCGUCCUUGUUGUGCAGUGUCCAGCCAGCACACUCUAGGAGAAGAAUAGGACCAAGACAGCAGCAUAUUCCCAGGCGUCCUUGUUGUGCAGUGUCCAGCCAGCACAGAGAAUAGGACCAAGACAGCAGCAUAUUCCCAGGCGUCCUUGUUGUGCAGUGUCCAGCCAGCACAGAGAAUAGGACCAAGACAGCAGCAUAUUCCCAGGCGUCCUUGUUGUGCAGUGUCCAGCCAGCACACUCUAGGAGAAGAAUAGGACCAAGACAGCAGCAUAUUCCCAGGCGUCCUUGUUGUGCAGUGUCCAGCCAGCACAGAGAAUAGGACCAAGACAGCAGCAUAUUCCCAGGCGUCCUUGUUGUGCAGUGUCCAGCCAGCACACUCUAGGAGAAGAAUAGGACCAAGACAGCAGCAUAUUCCCAGGCGUCCUUGUUGUGUAGUGUCCAGCCAGCACAGAGAAUAGGACCAAGACAGCAGCAUAUUCCCAGGCGUCCUUGUUGUGUAGUGUCCAGCCAGCACACUCUAGGAGAAGGACCAAGACAUCAGCAUAUUCCCAGGCGUCCUUGUUGUGCAGUGUCCAGCCAGCACACUCUAGGAGAAGAAUAGGACCAAGACAGCAGCAUAUUCCCAGGCGUCCUUGUUGUGUAGUGUCCAGGCAGCCGUCCAGGUGCCCGGCGCUGCCCCUCACCUUCCCGCCACCUCCGCCGCCACCAUGAUGCAGGAGAAGGCCGGCAAGAAGCUGUCCAAGGCGGUGCUGGAGCUCAAGUUCAUGAAGAAGAGCAAGGAGAAGGCCAUCGUACAGGAGGAGAAUGAAGAGAGACAACAGCUGUACCAGGACCAACUCUCAUCGCUGCGUGAGGGAGCGGAGAAGAUUGUGAUGGUCAAUUCAUACGUCGACUGCUUCAAGUUCCUGCCGUGUCGCCUGUCCUUCGGAGGGAUGGACCCGGAUGUGGAGAAGCUCAAUGAGGACAAGCUGACGGGGCUGUACACUGUGACCAAGUCGACCCCUAAGGAGGCUGUCACACAGAUGGACGCAGACGUCUCGGCACAGGAGAUGGCUGCCCGCUACCGACCAGCCGCCCACAAACCCACGCCUGGUUGUGUGAAGGAAGAGCAAGAAGAAAGUGUGGGAGAAUCAAAUCCUGAUGCAGCCUCCACACCACACAACAGGCCAAACAAACCCAAGUUGAGAGCCAUAUUUAGUGGAGGCACAGAGGAAGGGAGGAGGGGCGCUCAGAGGGGAGGCAGGGGUGGAAACUUCAGGGGAGGGGGACGAGGGAGAGGCUUCAGGGGAGGUAGCAGGGGGCAUUUUAGGGGCAAUAAGGGUGAUGGCCACAGAGGGAGAAGAGGAGGGAGAGCUGGUGAUUCCUGGGAAGAGGGAAGAGGAAGCAAGGGUGCAAACUUUAACAUGAAGGGUGACUAUCCACGGGAGAGUGAGCAGGCAUCCACGAGAGAGCACUUCGGAGAUGCAAGAGCUGGUGGGAAAAGAAGGUUUGGGGGCGGUCACCAUCAGCAGCAGGGCAGAGACAGUCCCGGCUAUGACCAAAGCUGUCAGUACAAGAAAAUUAAAUCAGAUCCCAACUGAGUCUUACGAGGACAAUAAUUGAUGGCUGCGGAGGUCUUACAAUAGCUCAGCUCAUUCCCGAACAUGCCGUGCAGACUUGUGUAAAAGUUCACCUCCUGGACAAAACUCUGCCCCAUCAAGGCUGUGGUAUACUCUGUUGCAGGAUAAAUUUAAGAAGCCCCCAAGAAAGUAGCAUCCAUGUACCCUUUAAUCUUGGCCGCAAGGAAGUUCAUAAAAAAAAAACUUGAGUAUGUAUAGCACCUUCUAUUUUUGUAUCAUACCGUGUACGGCAUUGUGUUAGGGAGCUGUUACACCAGAGUGGCACGUCGCACGCCACUUAAAAACAAACCUCAACAAACAAGUCAGACCUUUCACACAGGAGUGGCGUGACACGUGACUUCCAUGCCACUCCGAGAUGGGACCGGACUGUAUUCUUUUCAGCGUGCGACGUGCCACCUCAGACACGCAUUGGCACAUGAAUGGAGCUUUCACACACACACACACACACACACACAAACACAGUGACUAAUAACCAAGAAAAAAUAAUAAAUACAAAUGACUGAAGAUUCAACAACAAAAAAUCCUGCAGAUGUUAGACGUAUGUAGAGCAAUCUUGAAGUCUUGUAACAGAUCCAUGCCAGCCACACUUGACAACGCUGCCUCGGUCGCCCACGUGGAGCCUGUGGUCGGUUGAGCCAAGUCAGGUGUGCAUUAUCAUGCUCUGGGAACCUGCUGUCACACGGCAUGUCUGCUUGUGUGGAUAACUUAUGAUAGCCUGCGCAUAGGAAACCAUCAUCAGGUCAGUUUCAAUAAUAUGCAAGCAACAAAAACAAAUAGUGUCUGUUAUAGUCGAUUUUGAGUUGAAAAUUAUCGGUACUUUUGUAAUCAGCUGUUUUUGUAAUUUACAAGAUCCAUGAUUAUAAUUAUUCAACAGCCUUGGCACUGCCCUCACACUGAGAAAAUUAUCAGGCUUUAUAUUAAUGACGGCUGUUUGUGACGGUACUAAUAAUUAACCCUUUCUGUACGGCGACGCCGACAUCGGCGUCAUGAAGCGGCCAGUGCAAUAUAUGGUGACGCCGGCGUUGUAAUUACAUUUUGUUUUACUUGUUGCUGAGUGAUUCCGUAUUCUGUUUUGACUCUACCUAGAGACUCAGUAUGUGAUAUGGUGUCUUAUUUGACUUUCAAUGUUAUUAUUGUGUAAUAAUGUGUCUUGUGCACAUUUGUACUUGACAGUAACAAUCAAUUCUAACAGAAAAUAACAAAAAUAAUGAGAAAGAAAUUAUAUAUGUGUAUGUGUGGAGUAGUGGAGUUCCUCUUCCUUUGAGUUGCCAAGUGGCUGGGUAUGAGUGCUUAUCUCACCACACCCUCGGCUCAAGGACGCGGCCUCCCCUCCCUUACAUCCAUCCCGCUGUGUCUGUUCUCUUUCAUUCUUCCUUCCUUCUACCUCCUCCAUCCAGGGUGUGUGUGAGAGAGAGAGAGAUGCACGCUCUCUCCCUCUUUCUCCCUCCCCCCCUCUCCCUGAGAGAGAGAGAGAGAGAGAGAGAGAGAGAGAGAGAGAGAGAGAGAGAGAGAGAGAGAGAGAGAGAUGCACGCUCUCUCCCUCUUUCUCCCUCCCCCCCUCUCCCUUCGUGUGUGUGAGAGGGAGAGAUGCACGCUCUCUCCCUCUUUCUCCCUCCCCCCUUUCUUUCUCUCUCUCUCCCUUCGUAUCCCUUUGUGUGUGUGUGUGAGAGAGAGAGAGAGAGAGAGAGAGAGAGAGAGAGAGAGAGAGAGAGAGAGAGAGAGAGAGAGAGAGAG